AUGCUGAACAGGAAUGGUAAGCCCGACAGUAGGUUAGAAAGGAAGUAUAUAAAUCGAUAUGAUCUUACGGCAUGUGGGGGAAGUAUUUCCCACUCACCCCAUACUAUCCCGGAACGUAGCAGCACGCCAAUAUUAUCAUGUGAACUAUUUCGAAACAAGGACAACCAGAAAAGCUGUUCAUACCUCCUUAAAAGUGCAGUACUAAAUCUGAACCACAUAAUUUAUCUGUUAGGAAGGAACAAUAAUAUUUAUGUCGAACUAGCACAAUACAUUUCAUACGAGCUGCAAUAUUUAGAGCAAUGUUCAAAAUGUAACAUGGAUAGAAGUAACAAACUUAAUGAGGGUAGCAAAUAUAACAUGAUGAAUGCGCACAACAACAGUUCAUGCAUUUCUGUAUCUCUGACGGACCUCAUAUAUGUAUUUAACUUUUAUAUUUAUAUGAAAUAUUAUUGUUUCCAUUUUUUUAUCAUAAUUUUAAGAUUAAUCGAAAAGGCUAGUGAUAUAUCAAACAUUAACCAUAAGAUGAUCAUUCGUUUUUUAGAGUCGUGUAUAAAAUUGAAAAACGAAAUAAAUAAGAGUAUGAAUAAUACAUGUAAAAGAAAAUAUUUCAACAAGAGAUACCAAAGGUGGUUUUAUUAUCGUUUUCCUUCUAGCUAUUGUUUUCUUUUCAUUCGAAAUAGUAUUUUUAAAAAAAAAUGGACCCUUUCAAUUCAUUCCCUCUCACCUAUUAUGAGGGGGGAUAAUUAUUCCAGGAAAUCAUUCAAUUCAGCAUUAUCUUCGUCUCCCAGGUCCACUAUAUCUAGCGCUAUCACUACUUCUUCCACUGCAACCCUGUGUACACAUAACAUUCUUCCUCAUUUGAGAAGUGAAAUAAAAAAAAAAAGGUGCAUGCACUUUGUACUACAAAAAAGGAAGUGCUACAUAAAUACCACUUAUGCAAAGUACAGGAAAAGAAAACAUAAUGAAAUGAUGAACACUUGUAAUGAACUCCUGCACAGAUGUACAACACUUUUUUUCAAUAGACAUAUCGAUGUGAAUCUCAUUAUGAGCUAUGUAAAAAUGGCUACAAAAUGGUGCAAAUGUGUGAGAAGCGCUUCCAGAACAAGUGGCUGUACUAGCAGUGGUGCGGACGCACAAGAACGCUGGGAUAGGUUAACCUCAGCAGUGGAGCAAUGCCUUAAGAAGAACUGCGCAUACUUCCACACAGACGAAGUAGUAGGCAUGAUAAACUUUUUGAUGGAAGAAAAAUACAAUAGUAAAGAACUAAAAGAUCCUAUUAAACAUAUAUGCAGGAAGUUUUGUGUUGACUGUAGAAGGAACAAGAGUAGUGAGUAUUACAGUGUAAAAGAGAUUAGAGAUAUCGUUUCACUCCUUGCAAAGAGAAAACAUUUUGAUGAAAAUUUUUUAACAUGCGCAUCGAGGUACAUUAUAGAUAACAUGGAUACUAUAAAUUCAAACAAUUUAACCCAGAUUGUUAUUAACAUGUACAGAAUUUUAAAAUAUAAUAAGAACGAACUGUUGUAUGAAAUAUUGAAUAGGUACAACCCCCCAGAUACGCGUAAGAGUAGGAAAUAUACUAUUGUAAAUUCCUUCUUUUUAGAAAAAACUAAAAUGAAAUACAGAAAAAAGGGGAUACGUCAAUUAGAUAGAAGCAAUAAGAAAAUGUGUAUUAGAUGGGGGAAUAGCUUGAACAGUUUUAGCUACUCAAUGAAUUGUGAUAACAAAGAAAAAGAUGUAGAGGAUAACAAGAAAAAUGCUAUAAAUUUUAGAAAAAUUAGAAAUUUCGAUAAAGUAAAAAUAAAAAAAUUGCUUCAGUUCAUCAAGGUACUAAUAGACAACAAUAUAUAUAUUGACAGCAGGUGGUCAGAAUAUUUCUUCUCACUAAUUAAGAAUAAAUAUGUUUUUAUAAAAACAAAAAAUUAUCAUCUACUCUGUUUUGCAUUACUUCAUAUAGAAUUAAAAAAAAAUAUAACAAAAUUUUUUCACCCAUAUAGUAAAUAUAAUAUCUACAGUACAUAUUCAUUUGUACAAAUUGUAUCUACAAAUAAUUUAUCAUCUUUAAUUCAAAUUACUCUACUAUUUAGCUUUUACAUGCACAAGCAAGGUACUACUUUAUUCUUUGCCUUACUUUUUAACAUUCUUCGUAAAUUUUGUAAAAGAAGUAAAGGAAUACUUACAGGUAUGCAUGACUGGAGGGGCUCUAACUGUGCAAAUGGGGAAAUUGUUUUCCCUCAUUCAUCAACAUCGUACAUCCAGGAUGACCACAUCAUUGAAACUUAUUCCCAAAGUGCAUAUUCACAUGAUAUGAAAAUAUACGAGAAAAACAAAAACAACAAAUAUCAGAAAAAAAAAGAAAAAAAAAAAAAAUUCGAGUUUAUGAACAAAAUUGAUAAAGUUAAAAUACCCUCGUGUGAUCUACUCGAAUGGAAUGUCCCACAUAACAGGGUUGCACAUGAAAACGUUUUGCAAAUUCAAAAGCAAAUACAGUAUGAAUUGCAUCAAUUGCAUGAACUGCAAAAGGAUGAGCCCAUGCAAUGCCAUCAAGGGUGGGAUGGAAUCGUCCAAAGGGGGGGGGAAUUAUCCCUAAUAGGGGCAUCAAGUGAAAGCAGGAGCAGUGAUUCUAUUUUGAAUGAACAUAGACACUUUCGAAAAAAUGGUUCUUCCCUUGAGCCUUGUGGAUUUGCAGAGGAGAAGAACGUCAAAGGAGGCAGCUUCAAACGUACUGGAAAUGCUAGAAGUAGAGAAAUUGCUAACUGUGGGAACGAUAACACGUAUAGCCUUUCCCAUAUAGCAGAUAUCGCCUUUCCCGAUGGAAAUGUAAACAGAGGAGAUACAAAUGUGGAAACGGCUUUCUAUAAAAGUAAAAAAGAGAAAGUUUUCUCUACAGAGUGCAAUGGAAAGUACGAUAGCGAUUACUUUGAUCAACUAAACAACUCGAGAAAUGUACUUCUCAUUAUUAACAAUUUGUUUUUUCAUAUCAAAAUGGGCUACAAUGGUGGAAGUAGUAGUGGGGGAAGCGGUAUCAGUAGUAGUAGUACUGAUGUGAACAGUUGCUUAUUAAAAAGCGAAAACACACAAAGCUGCAGUGCAAAUUUUACUUUGGAACAGCUGACCAUUAGACAGUUGUUGCUCUUGUAUGAGGCAUACACGUUAUGCUGCUCGUAUAUUGAUCAUUCCUUGAAAACGAUCAAAAUUAUGAACAACGACAAGAAUGCUAUUUCGUCCAAAUUCCACAAGCAGGUGGCAUCCGUUGUAGCGCAGCUUAGUUCUAAAAGUGAAGUAAUAAACGAGCUCGUUCAUCAUCCCUUUCAAGUGGACAUUUGCAUAAGGAGGAAGUUUCCCUGA